UGCAAAUGGCGGGUAACCCUUCGGAUAACCAGGAGCGCUGGCGUAGAGAUACGCUGGAACCGGCAGUUCAACGUUUUCCGGAACGCCGGGAGAGUUUCCAGACUGAUAGCGGCAUAUCCAUUGAGCCUAUUUACACUCCGUCCAAUGGAGAUGCCACCUACGAUAACAUCGGAUUUUCCCGGCGAAUAUCCCUACACCCGUGGCGUCCAGCCCAAUAUGUACCGUGGCAGGGUCUGGACCAUGCGGCAAUAUUCAGGAUACGCCACGGCCGCAGACACCAACCGCCGAUAUCGCUACCUGCUGGAACAGGGGCAGACCGGCCUCUCCGUAGCCUUCGACCUGCCCACCCAGAUUGGCUACGAUUCCGAUUCCCCUCACUCCCAGGGUGAAGUGGGCAAGGUUGGUGUGCCAAUCUGCAGCCUGGAAGAUAUGGAAACCCUGUUUGAUGGUAUACCGCUGGACCAAGUCAGCACGUCUAUGACCAUCAACGCAACCGCAUCGGUGCUGCUGUGUCUUUACAUUGCCGCUGCCAAAAGACAAGGGGUGCCCCAGGCGAAAUUAAGCGGCACGCUGCAGAACGAUAUCCUGAAAGAAUAUAUUGCCCGGGGCACUUACGCCUACCCUCCCCGUCCCUCGAUGCGGCUGGUUGUGGACGUGUUCAAGUACUGUGCCGAGAACAUUCCCCGGUGGAACACUAUCAGCAUCAGCGGCUACCACAUGCGCGAGGCGGGCGCCACCGCGGUGCAGGAGUUGGCUUUUACCUUUUCCAACGCCAUUGGCUACGUGCAGGCCGCCGUGGACGCGGGCCUUGCCGUGGAUGACUUUGCGCCCCGCCUCUCCUUCUUCUUCGUGGCCCAGAACAACCUGCUUGAAGAGGUAGCCAAGUACCGGGCAGCGCGCCGGAUGUGGGCAGCUAUCAUGAAGGACCGCUUUGGGGCAAAGGAUCCCCGGUCCAUGAUGCUUCGCUUUCACACCCAGACUGCAGGAGUUACGCUUACCGCCCAGCAGCCCGACAACAAUGUCAUACGCAGCACAGUACAAGCGUUGGCGGCCAUCCUGGGCGGAACCCAGUCAUUGCACGUAAAUUCCCGUGACGAAGCGCUUGGGCUGCCUACCGAAGAAUCGGCCCAGCUCUCUCUGCGCACCCAGCAGAUAAUCUCCCACGAGAGCGGAGUGGCCGAUGUAGUGGACCCACUGGGCGGUUCCUGGUACGUGGAGAACCUGACCGACCAGUUGGAACAGAAAGCGUUAGAGUACAUCCACGAAAUUGACCGACAAGGUGGUGCGGUGGCCGCCAUUGAGCAGGGCUACCAGGUCAGGGAAAUUGGUGAAUCGGCUUAUAGACACCAGCGGGAAGUGGAUGCUGGAGAGCGCACAGUCGUAGGCGUGAACCGUUAUGUCAGCGACACGCCGCCCAUCGGCAAUCUGCUCAGAGUAGACCCCGAAGUUGCCCGCCAGCAGUCCGACCGCCUGGCCCGUUUGAAGCAUGACCGCGACAAUGCCCAGGUUAAGGCUUCCCUGGCAAGGCUGGAAGAAGCGGCCCGCACCAACGAUAAUACCGUCCCGACAACGCUGGAAUGCGUGGAGAACUACUGCACCCUGGGUGAGAUCUGCCAGGUUUUCCGUGACGUGUUCGGUGAACAGCGGGGGGAGUUGGCCUUUUAG